GAGGGGGGAAAAGACAUUAUUUUCUUCUCCUGUGAGGUCUUUGAAAAGCAAAGCAACAGCAUCUUUAGACAAGAUGUGCUCUUGCAGGAAUUUAAGUGGAAGAGACAAAGAAACCAUGCUACCAGCAGCGUCAGAGAAAAAAACUGAAAUCACCAAGCAAUGAGAAUUCAGUCCAGAGAAUCUGAGGAGAAGAAAAAGCAAACUGGCAAACAGACAUCAGCCAGGAAAUAAUUCAUGUAGAAAGGGAUACAAAAAAAGUGGUGUUUGUAACAUUUUCACAGCAGCAUCGCCAUAAAGAAAUUCUGUUCUGGAAUUUCCAUCAGAGAGCAACGAGCUCUAUGAUUAAGAUCCAAACGACAUCCUCAGUGCUGCAGCUUCUCCAAAGAACAUCUUCCCUUUCCACAGGGAGAUCAGCAUCAAGAGAGAAAAAAAAAAACCUCCCAAAAAACAUCCUGAUGGGAAUAACCAUCCAAAACAUCACAGGAAACACAGCAAUGGUAAUUUGGCCAAAAAUGGCCAGUUGUGUCGACAGCUUUUACAGCAUCAUGUACCACCCUAACUGGAACAGCAUGCUGUCCAGCUACUCCAGAAAGAGCUUCCAGAGGGAAGAGAGGGUGCCCACCACUCGCUCCUCCUUUGUUGUUGAAAACCUGACUCCCCUGACGACGUACAUCAUGUGUGUGACCUGCCAGUCCGCAAACCCCUCCAGCGACCAGUGUAGAGUUUUCAACACGCUGGAACGAGACCCAGCGUCGGCGAGCAGCACCAAGAAAGAGCUGGCUCUGGGCAUCUGGCUCACCAGCAGCGUGCUGCUCCUCAUCAUCGCUGCAGUGCUGCUCUACGGCUGCCUGCACCUCCUCUGCCGCAGGAGACACCAGCGCCUGCAAGAGCGGGGCGGGACCUCCAAGCGGGAGCGUGAGGAGCCAUGGACCAAAAGCACGGCACACAGCUCAGAUGAGUUCAGCAGGCAGAGCCAGCACACACAGGACGCUGAGGAAAAGCAUCCGGGUGGCAUCCAGCUGGCCACAAUCAUAGAGAAUCCCUCAGUGUGCAAUGACCCCAUCGUGACAUCUUCUAAAAGUCAAGAGCGAGUCCUAGUAACAGGACAGUGCUCUGCUAUAAAUUAGAAAGGUUUUUGCCACAUAUGGUACCCCAGCUACUUCAAACACAUCAGAUGCACUGUUGGUGCUCACAUCAGGGAGCUCUGACUGCUCACUGCAGCACUCCUGGCUCUGAUUUCACAUCCCUUUCCAACAGCCUGUAGGCAAAGGUUCACAUGCCCAAGAAGUGAGCACUUCACCCACCCUCCAUUAUUUAAAAAUGAAGCAUGUAGCAAGUAACUGGUUUACAUUUCAAGGGGAUUUUUCAUUGCUUUUCUUUAGCCCAAAACAGCAAACAAAUAUAAAAAGUAGCCAAAAGUAACCAAAAUAUUUUUUGUUAACUAGCAUGAAUAAAACUGAGUAGGAGUUUUCAGACUGCUACACUAUAGGCAACUGGAACAUACACACAGAAUGCACUGGUUUGCCAGUGUGAGUUUUACCUGACAAUCCCAGC